UAUGUGUGAAUAGACCCUUAACAUAUACAGCGUGUCAAUGCUGUGAUGUGCUGUACCUUUCCUUUUUGCAAUGAGCUCCAGAUUCAUCAGCAUGGCACACUCUUUCUUGAUGAAUCUGGCAUAACCUAAACCAUCCAAGGCAGAAACACUUUCUUGACCCAAUAUUGUUUACAGCUAAGGAUUUGCUAAAGUUUUCUUCAGUCUGUACACAAUCCUCUGUGAGCUGACAGGAAGAUCUCCAGAUAGACACACAGUAUAUCUUAAUUGCAGUGAUAUAUUGUAGCAAUCUGGGACAGGAUUAAGAUGUGCCCACGUGUAGCUCACAGAGGGUUGUCUGGAUAUAAGUGCAACAAAUGCUCAACUGCAAGGCCAUGUCCGCACGUCUGUAUUUCUGUGCGGUAUUCGGCUUGGAAAUUCCCCUGCAGCAGAGUCCUGUUGAAUUCAACUGGAUUCUGCUGCGGUGUGCACAUGGUGGAAUGUCCAUGCCAGAUGUUUCCGGUAUGGAAAUUCCCUUUUCCAUGUACGCAGAAAGAAUUAGCCUGUUCAUUCUUUCUGCGGACUCUGCAUGAAAUGCAUAGUCUUCUAUGAGACAACGUAUUCCUGUGCGGUACUACUGCCACCAUAUUAUGCCGGUGCCCGCAGUCUCCAGAAUGUACGCACAGAUUUUCCCUGCAGACAUUCCGUAGUGUGAACAUAGCCUAAGGCUAUAAAUCAAGUACCAACAAAAGAACAAACAGGGUACCCGCAUUCACAGCAGGGCUGCAGUAGCUUGACUCAGAAGCAGGGUGCUCAGAAGCGAGGCGACUGCCGGCGAAGUUUUGCGCUAGUUGCGCUUCUUCUGGCCUAAGGCUAUGUUCACACAUUGGAAUUUCCAUGCGGAAUUCUGCUUGAAAUGUCCGCACGGAUAUUCCACUGCAGCAGAGUCCCAUUAAAUUCAAUGGGAUUCUGCUGCGCUGUGCACACAUCAGAAUUUCCAUGACAAGUUUCUGACAUGGAAAUUCCAUUUUCCGUGUCCGCAGGGAGAAAGAUCCGCAGGGAAUGUAUAGCCAUCUAUGAGACGGCACAUUCCUGUGUAGUCCUAGUGCCGGCAUAUUAUGCCGGGGUGCGGAGUUUGUGGCAUGUCCGCAAAGAGAUUUUCCGCAUGGACAUUUUGUAGUGUGAACAUAGCCUAAGAAGUAUACAGGUUUUAAGUCUCUGGAAGUAAAUGAGAAUAUUUCCAGUCAAUGUGAGCAAGCAGAGAUCUUGAAAAGUAAAGGCUUACAGAAAGUCUAUUAUCUUUUAGCCUCAUGUAUAGAAAGCCAGAAACCAAUUUAACCCACUGCAAGGUUGGGUUCACAGGUACCAUUUGUGGAUCCAAAACACAGAAAAAGGUGCAAAUCUUUAUUUUGGUGGCAUUUAGGAUCCAUUCCUAGUUCUGGCUAAAAUACUGACCAAAUACUUUGGGUGAACCAACUCUAUUACAGUAUUAGCAGUUUAUUGUCCCUUUCAGUGCUGGGUGGAUUGUUAGCUGAGGUGUGAGCUCAGGUAGAUGUGGAGUAGGAGGAGGGAUGGGGCAGCAGACACGGGAUAAUUCACAUUCCCCCUGCAGGAUCACAAUAUUGCACUCUCUGGUCUGUCUCCUCAUAGAUGUCUCUCCUCCCUUUCUUUCUCUGGAGCUGUGAAUAGUACGUAGAGUGGGAGGAGAGUGGGACACACUGAGACUAAGAAGCAAAGUGCUCACCUCUCGGACUCACAGGCAGACCCCACAGCUACACGUUCAGUGGGGCGAAUGUCUUGUCAUCAACACUCUGUAACUUCUCAAAUUGGAGUAGCAGCAGCAGAUUGGUGAGCCACCUGUCCCUUGAAGAUGAGAGUCUUCCACAGUCACAUCCUGACCUGCAUUUUGCUCUGUUGGGGUGUCAAAGGGAACAGCACAGUCACCCCUCGCCUGAAACUGUCUUAUCACGAUCUGUCGCUCCACGGCCUGCGCACGUACACUAUCAAUCGCUCUUGCUGUUUUGAUGCUCUGUUACUGGAUGAGGAGCGCAGCCGUCUGUUUGUGGGUGGGAAGAAUUAUCUCCUUUCGCUGAGUCUGGAUAACAUUACACAGAAUGAGAUUGUGAUUCCGUGGCACGCUCCUGUAGAGUGGAGAGAAGAGUGCAACUGGGCAGGAAAGGACAUAAAUCUGGAAUGUGUGAACUAUGUGAAAGUCCUGCAGCUAUAUAACCGCACUCACCUGUUCACCUGUGGGACGGGAGCAUUUCACCCAGCCUGUGGCUUCCUAUACGUGGGACAGCGCACUGAUGACACAGUGUUUAAGCUGGACACCACAAGGCUGGAGGAUGGGAAGGGGCGCUGCCCUUAUGACCCAAAACAUGCAGCAGCCACCGUCCUUAUAGGAGAUGAACUCUACUCUGGGGUUGCCACUGAUCUUAUGGGACGAGACUUUACCAUAUUCAGAAGUCUGGGCCGGAGACCCCCCCUUCGCACUGAACAGCAUGACUCACGUUGGCUGAAUGAACCCAAGUUUGUUAAAGUUUUCUGGAUUCCGGAGAGUGAAAACCCAGAUGAUGAUAAAAUCUACUUCUUCUUUCGGGAGACGCCGGUAGAGGGUCUAGGAGGGGUUAAACAGUCUUAUGCCCGGAUAGGGCAGAUCUGCCGGAAUGACAUGGGUGGCCAGCGAACCUUAGUGAACAAAUGGACCACGUUUCUUAAGGCGCGCCUCGUGUGCAGUGUGCCUGGGAAGGACGCAGGUGGCGACACAUACUUUGACGAGCUCAAAGAUGUAUUCCUGCUGUCAACUCGAGACAGAAGGAAUCCCCUGAUAUAUGCUCUAUUCUCCACCUCAAGUUCUGUGUUCCGUGGUACUGCAAUCUGUAUCUAUACCAUGAAUGACGUCCGCAGAGCUUUCUUGGGACCCUUUGCCCAUAAGGAGGGACCCAACUACCAGUGGGUGUCCUAUCAAGGCAGAGUGCCCUAUCCUCGCCCAGGAAUGUGCCCCAGUAAAACAUUUGGGAGUUUUGAAUCCACUAAGAACUUUCCAGACGAUGUGCUGCAGUUUGCACGAAAUCAUCCGCUUAUGUUUAACCCUGUAACUCCUGGGACUGGGAGACCAAUCUUCUUGCACAGUCAUGCUGACUUCACCUCCACCCAGCUUGUUGUAGACAGGGUGACUGCUGCUGAUGGAGAGUAUGAUGUCAUGUUCAUUGGCACAGAUGUGGGCACCGUGCUAAAAGUGAUCUCUGUGCCCAAACAGAGCUGGAACGAGAGGGAAGAGCUGGUGUUGGAGGAGCUUCAGGUCUUCAAGAAUGCGGCCCCUGUCACGAGCAUGCAGAUUUCAUCUAAGCGGCAACAACUGUAUGUAGGAUCUGCAAAUGGCAUCUCCCAGGUGCCUCUGCAUCGUUGUGGUAUCUAUGGAAAGGCCUGUGCUGAGUGCUGCUUAGCCAGGGAUCCAUAUUGUGCCUGGGAUGGAGCAAGCUGUACCCGCUACCUGCCCAACACUAAAAGGAGGUCUCGUCGUCAGGACGUCAGGAAUGGAGAUCCUAAUUCACUGUGUUCUGGAGAGCAGCAGAGGCUCAGCAUACAGAAGAAGCGCCUGUAUGGAGUAGAGGGAAGCACAGUGUUCCUUGAGUGUCUCCCCAAAUCUCUACGAGCUCAAGUUACAUGGGUCCAUCAAAAAGCUCCAGAAACACCAAGAAAAGAGGUGCAGUUUGAUGAACGAGUGAUAAAGACGGAUCGUGGCAUUCUCCUGCGCAGUGUAAUGCGUCGUGAUGCUGGCAUUUACCUCUGUCACUCCUCGGAGCAUGGGUUUACACAGCUAUUACUUCAGCUAAAUCUAGAGGUCAUUCCACCUUCUCGGGCUGAGGAGUCAUUGGUUGGUCACCGUGUGCCACAGAUGAAAUGGUACCAUGAGUUUAUGCGGCUCGUUCAGCAGCCAGGCUCAAAAGGAGAGCAAAUGUGUGAAGAGCUAUGGGCUCGUAAGGGCCGGACAUCCCACCCUCCAGGGCCCCAGGGUGCACCACAACUACCAGCAUCUAAGGGUCCUGGAAGGCCACUGCCUCCACUUAAUAUGAAAGCAAAAGCACAAAAAUGGAAGCACCUGGAAGAGAAGAUAAAAGUGCGAAGUCGCCGGACGCAUGAACAUCAAAGGGCUGAACGUGGACCGAGGAGUGCCCCAAGUUAGGUGGUUGCAUCUCUUGCACAUAUGAACAUUUAAACUGUACAUGGAGCCAUUGCUGGUAGGGGGCAACCUUUUGGGAGGGGCAGAUGUGCUGUUUAUCACUGUAAUGCAAUGCAAUGUAUCAUUGUUCUAUAACCCUGUGGCCUACCAAAGAGUACUGCUCCAAUAACUUCUGUUCAAGGUGGGAAUACAAAAUUGGCAUACAUGAGCUCAACCCUCUGUUCACCCUACAGGUUCCCUAUUUAUGAGCACUCCAAUCACCUUAUGGUACCCGCUGUUUUGUUACGCAGCCUGCAAACGAAGGGUUCUACCCCGAACUGGUCAAUAUUUUGCAGAAUACAGAACCCAAUUUUACAGGCCCACAGCUGGAUCUCAGCAUUGGACUUGGCACUGUUACCUCCUGACAUAUUCAUUCCAAGACUAAAUCAAUGUUUAUUAAGGGAAUUUUCUAUUCUGAAGAAAGAAACCCAAACGGUAGAAGCAUGACUUCAAUGACAGAUAUGCACCAUCUGUUGUGGAUUUCACCGGGAACCGGAAACUAAUGCUUUGCAUAAAAGAUAUCACUAACUACAGCGCGCAUGGCCACCUACCAUCUACACUCAUAACUGUCCUCUACAUGUGUGUGCCUUAUCUGGUAACAUGACAAUGGGAAGAAAUGUAUUAAAUAUUACUUUAGUGACAUUUUUAAAUUCAAAGAGAAAAAACAUCACAAAACUGACUCCAAAAGUGGCAGGAUUUCAAUUAAUCUCUUGCAAGUCUAUAAAAAUGUAUUUUAAAGGAAACCUUGCACAUAGCCAACGUGAGGGCAGGAUAGUGACUGGGUCUAGGUAGUAGACCUGAAGAAAACAAAAAGGUGAAAGGCAGUGGUCUGCUCUCGUGAAUACUGACGGGCUGUAUGCCCCACAUGCAAGUUGAUCAUUCCCUGUGGUUCCACAACAUUAUGGACUGCUACACAGGCUCCAUGACUGGCCAACCACUGAGAUGUGGUUUGUCUGCAUAUGUCCAGGUUCACAGUUCUUGUAAGCAUAUGUUACUGUUCAAGCUAGAGACACUAAGUGCCGAAAACCCUGUUUUUUUUUAUUUGUAAAAUAUAAUUAUUUAUCUUAAAUCAGCAUGUGAGCUCAGUGCCAUGCCCGCUGCCAGCCCUUCAGUCACUGAUUAGAUACAGUAUACGUAUAUACACAUAUGGACCCUGAUUUAUCAAUAUGUGUGAGAAAAAGUGGAGAGAUUUUACCCACAGCAACCAAUCCCAGCUCAGCUUUCACUUUACUAGAGCUUGUUAAGACAUGAAAGCUGAGCUGUGAUUGGUUGCUAUUAGCAAAGCCUCUCAUUUUUCUCACACAUAGGCCCUCAUUUACUAUUCUAAACCCAACUUGUUUUGUCGGUUUUUUUUGUCGCAUCUUUGUCUCCGACAUGUCGCAGACAUCGUGCGCCAGUCUGCGACACAAUGCAACAUUUUUUCCCGAAGGACCAGAUGUGGAUUCUCCCAAACCCGAAAAAGGGGCGUAACCCGACAUUUCUGAGCUUUCCCACGUAUUUAUAAAGGUUUCCAACCCGAAUUUGUUGAAUUGUUGUGGAUUUUUUCCCGACAACUCAGAGGAGUUGGAAACCAAAACCAACAAAACCCACGUGCAACAAACAGGAUGCGACAUAAUAAAUAUCAGGGGAAAAAAGCAGUCGGGUAAGAAAGCAAAAUAGACUUACAACCCGAUUUUCUAAGUAAAUGAGGGCCAUUGUGAUAAAUCAGGACCAUGGUCUUGUGCAUUUCAUUCACAGAAAUGAUCCCAGUACAACGCAUCAGUGUCCAAUGAUUUUACUAAGGCCUCAACCAGGUGCCCCAAGUACAGACAGAAUAUUAUUUUUGUUAGUGUAAAUAUCUUUAAAAUAUAAAUUAACACUUUCUGCUGCUAAAGGUCUCAGUGGCCAGUCCAGGCUGGUCAUUGAUACAGUCGGAGAAGAACUGGAUAAUACUGUGUGAUAAAGAAAGAGAAUUAUUAAAGGGGUUAUCCAGCAGGGGGUGGGGGUUAAAAAUACAUGUGUGUCUGUUGUGCCUAUUACAUUAAGAGAAUUGUUUUCGGUCCGAUUAUGGCUUUUGGAUGACCCAAAAACCCUUGUUGGCUCAUCAUGAAAUGUUGCACUUCUAGAUUCAACAUGGCAGAACUGUGCCACAACAGCCUUGCCCACUCUGUGGGUGUCCCAUGUUAGGUAAUAUAUGCCCUGUCACUCCCCUAGUGGACACUUCUUACAGGGAUGGGCUGAAUAUGAGCACAGAGGGUGAGAAAAACUGGUAAAGUCACAUGGCGAAAUUAUGUUUUGGCUCUAAAAUGACCACUGAACCGGGCUAAACGGGGCUCGUCAGUCAUCAGAGGCUGAACGGACUACAAGACAUCUGGUUGGUAGCACAAAAAUGAAAACAAUGGUAUGCCUUCAGAAAAUGUAAUGAAUGCAUAUUGGAAUGGUGUAUAACUUUUGAUGGUGCAUGUAAUUACAUUAUAUUUUAAUUGGCCAGACUACCCCUUUAAGCUAACACAAUAAAAGCAAUUCUGUAGAAGA